UUCCAGAUGGAGCUGGGGGGAUUUCAAGGAGGACACUCGGGCUCAAUUUUAUGUGUGGAUAUCUUUGAGGACAUCAUUGUUUCGGGUGGAGAAAAUGGAGAUUUGUGUCAGUGGAAUGGUGAUGGCCACUUGCUUUGCAAGCACACUGAAGAAAGCACUGAUUGCACCUCUGUGCUCAUCUCACAACUGAAAAAGGAUGUCAUUUAUGCUGCAUUCAAUGACACCGUUAAAAUUUUUAAUGCUGGAGAUUUAACAUCACCAUUGGAUGCUUUCAGCUAUAAUUCAGAUGAAAUAAACCAGAUAGCUGUGGAUGAAAAAGAGAAGUACUUGGCUGCCAGUGAUGAUGCUGGAGAAAUCAAGGUUAUUGAUUUGGGUGAGAAGAAACUGUACAAAACUCUAAAAAAUAAACACACCAAUAUCUGUGCUUCCGUGUGUUUUAGACCUAAAAAGCCAUGGGAACUCUUUACAGGAGGUUUAGAUUCCAAACUGAUUCACUGGGACUUUUCUCGCCAUAAGUGCUUGAAUAUGUUUGACAUGAAUGAACUAAAUAAUCCAUUUGAAACAACAGAUUCGUACAUGGUCAGCCCUCCAUUCGUCCACCACCUGUCCGCUAGCUCAGAUGGAAAAUACUUGGUGGCAGCACUUGAGAAUGGGCUGAUAGCAGUGUUUGACAGUACCCGAAAACACCUGAGAGAGUUGUUUAGUCUUCACAUUCACACACAGGGUGUUUCUCAGGUGCAUUUUAUAACAGAGGACAAAUUUGUUUCAGGAGGAAAUGACUGCUGCAUUGCAUUAUGGGACUUAUCCAAAUCCCAUGAUCACCCAGAACUGGUUUUACCUGCAAAUGCCCAUGCUGUUAAUGGUACUUCCAGUGAAAACAGUAUCACACCAGAUCCUUUAGAAACAAAAAACCAAACAAUGACCGACAUUUGUCUUGUGAAUAAAAUUGAGCACACUGGAAAGGUUAACUGGAUGAAACCUUUUUACAAGGAACAGUGGAAGAUAAUAAUUGGAGAUGAGUCUGAUAAACUGACUAUUAAGGCAUUAGAUAUACUUUAACCAUGCAUGUUAACUUAACCUGCAAAUGAACUUUUAUGUUUAGUGUGCAUCCUAGCUUGAAAGUGACGUGUUAUUAUGAUUAUUAUAAUAUACUUGUGGUGAUAUGUUCUAUUUUCAAUAUUUCAUUGUUGGAGUUUAUAUAAAAAAAAUCAUGAAAAAUAUUUAAACUAUUCUGUGACAAACUUUCAGUGAUUUUAUUUUUGUCAUAUCCGAGGUUUUAUGUUAACAUAUAUUCUGGUUAACAAUAACCAGUAUCAUGAUAAAUUUCACAUCAAAAGACCCCAGAUGGUCAUAUGUGAAUCAUGGUGCUGUUGAAAUUUUUCAGGACAACCGUGUUUUUGUACCACAUAAAGCCUGUUCUUGUAAUUUUGUUUUCUCUAAAUCUUGUUUGCUUAAGCUAAAGAACAAUUCUCAAUAAGGCUUAUCUGUGGUCCCCGGUUACUCGUCAAAUUUCCAACAUUUAUUAAAAGAUUUAAAAAUUAAAUUUUAUCAUUAACUAAUGUCUUUAUUAUCUGAAUCAUCAUCUAAAAAUGUCAAACAAUAGAUAUAGGCAGCAUAAGAAGCUGCGUGUUAAAGAUAGGGUUCUUUGAUUUUCAUGAAUAUCAAAAGAAAUCAGUGACACGUACACACUUCAAAGCUUUCGUAAACAUCGAGCACAGGUUUGUUCAGAGUCGAGUUUGAAAUAUAUUUGUGUAUAUUGUAUGUGUAAAGGUUGAGUGAACAUAUCUUUGUUGAACAACCCUGUGCUCUAUGUUUUCUAAUUAAAAGUAUUGUGAUUUUGAA